CAUAACACAGUCCUCGCACCGGGCACCGUGAACGUUGACCCAGCCAGGACAGUCAACGCCAUGUUUGUAUCUGUUGACGCAGGGGUACCGGUCCAUAUUGAAAACACUCGAAGGAGGAUAAGAAGUCCGGUCGGCUUUGAGAAUGAGUUGGGGGGUUUGUCUGGCUAAUGUGUUACGGACUGUGGCUGCUGACCGCUGGCUACGUCUGGCUGUGCUCUGCACGCUUGAAACCGACCGGCUCAAUGUCCUCGCAGCGGGAUUUCCUGCGAGAUUGCAUGGUAGCUUCUCACAAUUUGCUGAUUACGGAAUACUCAGAGGGCGUGAUGGCUUUCCGCAAUGAACCUCCAAAGCUUCCCUUCGGGCGUGGUCCAGGGAUCGUAUGCAGCUAGAGGCUCAUUUAGGAUUGGCUCUAUGGGUAAAAGUGGCUUGCAUUUACAGGAACGAGCAAAAUGAAAACUGAUAGCAAAGUUGUAAUCGUCCAAAUCUUAGCCGGUUAUCCCGGUGGAGAGUAAUUCUAUCCCCAUUCGGCG